UCUAUUCCUUUGUCUCUAAUACGACCGUCGCACAAGGUAUAUAGGAAAUCCAAUAAAUAGUUGAAAACCCAAACAGCGCCACAGCGAGCGAGCGGAGAUCAUCGACCCUUGAAUCAAGGGCUUUGUAGAGAUUAAACUUUCCUCUCGGAAAACCCCUUACAGGCUUCGACAGAGGUGAUGAACAACGCUGUCGAACAGUCUCCCAACCCCUCCGCUAACGACGACACACCGCCGCCUGCGACCGUGCUGUCGUAUCGGGACCGUCGCUACUCCCAGCUUUUACGCCGCUCGCCCCCGCCUUUCAAGCGGUCCGGGCGGCGGAGCCCCUGCGACGGCGGUGGAUAUGAACGUGAGAUGGGGAGAAGACCUGGAUUUAUUGAUGAAAAGGGCCGGUUUAUGAAUCGUUCAGCAGAACCUUCUGGUUUUUAUUUCUCUUUCUUUGGUCGGACUUCGAAGGCUGCUGAGAUUGGGAGGUUUUCGGCUGCUAUAACAAAUUAUAGGACGUUAAUGGUGCAGAUAGAGGUGUUAUUGGGAAAGGUGGCUGCAAGGGUGUAUAGUGGAAUUUUUUCUUGACUCUGUCAUUGACUGGCAAGCUUCUCACUUUCCAUUGUCCUUUCUUGCUCGGGUUCGGUUGUCAAUCUUUUUGUUGUCUUUAGUUAUUAUGGUAUAUAGUGUAAUUAGCAAAGCAAAGACUUAUUUUGUUAACAAUUUUGCUGUCAUGGAAAAUCAUAUGUGAGUUGGUUAUGGCUACAGGAGAAGUACCAGCCUUUUUGCCAACUUUUACUACUUCUAGGUUGUGUGAUUUACGCUUAAUUACUAUUAAAUAAGACAACAGUCACCAAUAAUACGUUGAUGUGUAGUAAAUUUUUGCCAGGCACCAAAAAUAAUAAUAAUAAUAAUAAUAAUAAUAAUAAUAAUAAUAAUAACAAACAAAAGG